UCGCCUACCUGUGAAUCGAUAACUACCGACUACUUCGAUGCGGAGCAAAGCACAAAUCCAGCAGAUGUCACCAAGGCCAAUACAUUUUUAUUUAUAUUGCGGUAUAGGUUAUAACGUUAGCAUUGAUUGUCCUCACGGAAUCUGCUGGGUCCUUGGGUUUACUUUUCUGCCCUAAGUCUGGCUACAUUCCAUCACCCCCGGGCUGUAGUAUCCUCGCUGCCAGAUUAAAAUCGCUGUGCUAUUGGAAUUUCGUGUUUUAGUUCGGACGUGCUUGUCACCUUCCUGUGGUAUUUGAGCUGUGAAUCUGUCUACCCGAGAGACGACUAUGAAGAGGUUAACAACUUUAAUCACGGAUGUCGCUUCUCUCCUGAACGAAUAAUCGAACGUUAGUGAUGCAUCCAAAGAUGACUUCAAUGGACUUUUUGCCUGUUUCGUUGGGGUGCUGAAUCCUGCAGAUAACAAAUUCUGCAGGACGUCCUAUGAAAACAACACCUUCUUAAUUGAAUUGGGGAUUCGCGGCUCUCACUUUUGAACUUUCGUGUAUUUUUUUUUAACGGAUAGGCUACUCUUAUCAUGACUAUUCCAUUAUCUCGUACUCAACUUGCCCUGUUUUUCAUCCUCUUAUGUCCGGUCAAUAUCAUUGGGUUAUGGUGGGCAGUUGGAAGUCCUCUGCACAUGGACCCUAACAGUAUCUGCAGGAAGACCAAGAGACUAGCGGGCAAGCAGGCCGAGCUAUGCCAGACCCAGCCAGAGAUCGUCAACGAGGUCGCCAAGGGUGCCAAGUUGGGCGUUCGGGAGUGCCAGUACCAGUUUCGCUUUCGCCGCUGGAACUGCACCAGUCAGAACAAGUACUUUGGCAAAAUCCUCCAACAAGACAUCCGGGAGACAGCGUUUGUGUACGCCGUCACGGCGGCCGGGGUCACCCACACAGUGACGCAGGCCUGCAGCAUGGGGGAGCUCCUGCAGUGCGGCUGUGAGGCGACGAGAAGUAGGGCUCCUCCCGGGCCAGCUUCCUCCUCCUCCCCCUCGUCCUCCUCCGCCGACACGGGCGAAGGAGUCAAGUGGGAGUGGGGUGGCUGUGGAGAUGACGUGGAGUUUGGAUAUGAGAAGUCCAAGCAGUUCAUGGAUGCCAAAAGGAAAAAAGGCAAGAGUGACAUCAGGACGUUGAUCGACCUCCACAACAAUGAAGCAGGGCGACUGGCGGUGAGGAAUUAUAUGAGGACUGAAUGUAAAUGUCAUGGCCUGUCCGGAUCUUGCACACUGCGGACAUGCUGGAAAAAGAUGCCUCACUUCCGUGAGGUGGGCGAUCGCCUGCUGGAGAGGUUCAACGGAGCUUCCAAGGUCAUGGGAGGCAACGACGGCAAGACCCUGAUUCCCGUGGGCCAGAACAUCAAACCUCCGGACAAACAAGACCUGAUCUACUCUGCCGAGUCGCCCGACUUCUGCUUGCCGAAUAGGAAGACGGGCUCGCUGGGAACGCGGGGCCGCAUAUGCAACAGCACAGCGAUGGACGUGAGCGGCUGUGACCUGCUGUGCUGCGAGCGAGGCUACCGUGACGAAACGGUGGUGUUUGAGGAGAACUGCCUCUGCCGCUUCCACUGGUGUUGCGUGGUGCAGUGUAAGAAGUGCUCGGUGAGAAAAGAGCUGAGUCUCUGCAAAUAGCGUCACCAAUGAGGAGCUUGGUCGGUUUCAGGCCUCACAGGAAAGAUGCACUGAGAUUAGGGUCCUGUAGGGCGCUUCAGGAGCAGGCUGAGAGAUUAGUGUAUCUUUUGGGUCAACUUGGCCAGACGGCUGCAGCGGCUCUCCUUAAGCUGUAGAACAGUCCAGAAAGGCCACUUGCAACACUUGCAACACUUUGCUGCGUAGAGAACUAGAACCCUGAAACCAAGGCUCUUUAAGGAAGUUUGUUCUCUGAAAACCCUCUGGAGGAACUUUCCAACGUCUGGUCUAGCUCUCUACUGUGGAAUAUUGAAUGUCACAUCUAAAGUUAAAAGUUACAUUUCCAAUCAGAAAGCUUGGUGUUUUCCUUGUCGUUGAUACGGAGGUCUUUGCGCCUGAAGCAGUGGUUCCAAACGUGUGUGCGCAGUGACCCACCUUAAGCCUUUAGCUAUUGACCCAGAAAAUAGCGGAACAACUGUUUCUAGCCUCAAGCCCAAUGCCUUGAACAUCCAGGAACACGCUGCAACCCACCAUUAGAAACACUUUUCAUAGUCAGUUAACCGUGUAUUAACAACUCGUGAUACAUUGUCACAAAAAUGAAAUUACUUUUGAGUUUGGAAAAUUAGACAGUGCUUGUGGUAAUAAGAUAAAAACCACACCAGAUACGUUCCCAUAUACCAAAUAUUUCUUUCAUAAGAAAGGUGAAUGGACGUGCACCAACCACAUGGAAUGAUUUUGUAUCAAGCACAACAUUUAUGAAAAAGGGAAUUGUGGAGUUAUUUUGAGGACAAACCCCAUUACGUUUGCAUCAACGAGAAUCUGAACUGACAUCCAAGACUAUUAUUUAUGCACAUUUUAUGACAAAACUACUCAUAGUUUGAUGAGGAACGUGCCUACCAUCUCUCUGAAAAGCACUUUGAUAUGGGAGCUAUCUAUGUAAACCAUAUGUAACUUUUUUUUUUGUUUUGUUUGAGUAGGUUUUGUAUGAGGUGCAGUAUUGAGAAAGUAUGAUAUUAUGUUUAUCUGUUUAAUAUACAGGGCUUUUGUAUGCACUUUCAAUUAAAGCAUUUGUUACGUACUAUAUAGAUUUGUCACAUAUAGUCAUGUUGUGAAGAAUGGCCAGUCACAAUCACAUACAAUGCUGACAGCGAAUACAUACAUCUGGCUCCUCGAAAAGUCAACUUGCUGUAGGUAGUUAAUACUAAAAGUCCAUUUAUUUCUCUAGAAUAGACAGAUCUGAUCUCUUUCCUUGUUUUUGGGGGAAAUUAAUUCUUCAAUCUUUACGCUGAUUAAAAAUAGUGAUUAUUACAGAAAUGUGUUUUUCCAAAUCUUGCUGAAUAUUUUCACUGUUUACUUGUAUCAGUAUGUAAGGUUUUUAAGUGUACUUUUUCUUACACUUUCUUUAGAUAAUUUUUGCUACUUACCAUUCAGGGAUCUGUAAGACAAGAAACCGUUGGGAAAACAGAGUACAAUGAGAGAUGAUGUUGCUAUAAUUUAUUGCAAAUAUACCAUGGUGUGUGACCAGAUGAUUCCUUGCCAGGGGGUUCAUACCUAAUACUGUUACUGUGACUGUGGCUACACAGCAUUACUCAGCUACUAGCUCUGUGGAAUCAACACCAUUUGAUGUUUAAUUUCAUUUAAGUAAAAACUUUUGUACUAAAGGGAGAAAAAAAGAAUAAUGUAUUACUGGACUAUUCUGAAGGAGUUCUACGACAAUAUCAGGCAUUUUUGCAUGUAGAUUAGCAGUAGAAUUUCUCACUUUAUUAGACCAACUGUUGCAUUUCACAUGUGAGGCAAUGUAUCACUAUGCAAGGACUGGGCCUGUCUAUUCGCCAAAGAACAGCUGAAGGACUAAGGCAGCCAGGUGGUUCACUAGUACUGUAUCUUUGUUAAACAGCCCUUGUAAAUAUGGAAGAACAUUUAUUUGUCGUUUCCUGGAUUAAGACAAAACAUAAUUUCCAAGUUUAAAAAGUAAUUAUGUCAUGGCAUGUUGAAAGAUUUUUGUCAGCAUUUUGGAUUCAGAGACAUAAUAACAGUCUCAUACUUGGUUGUUUAUUGAAUACACCUUUCUACUCUUCAGACUUAAUUUCAUAUCCACAUUUUUGUUAUUUUCAAGUUACAGAAUUAUUCAAAUUUGGAGUAAAUUGAGAUGUUUCUGCACUUACUAUAUAAAUAAAAUCACACUGUUCUCUCAACUAUUUCUUUUUUCUGUAGUUUAUUUAUUUGUUUGUUGUAUUUAGGUCAGGAGUAUGGUGUGAGAGAACGUGCGCAGCUGGGGAGUGUGUUAAGUUAUCAGAAAACUAAACUGAUCAUUAUGAUUUUUCUCCUGCCAAAUCACUGGCAGACCUUUGGAUAUUAGAAAACCGAAACUUGUUUGCAGUGGCCUAUUCUGUUAUACAAUGAGCAGUGUGAAGUUAAAUUCAAUGUGUUGUAAUGACUAGAAGAGUAUCAGGGAUAGGUUUUUUGUAGCACAUGUGCAGAACGAAAAUGGAAACAGCUGUCAUAGUGGGUGGG